CGCCGGCCGCCGCGGGAGCCGGAGGUACGGGGGCCGCGCGGGGGGUGCGCGGCCGGGGGUCCGGACGCCGGCCUGGGUGCGCCCGGCCCAGAUGGAUUUGCGGGCACAGAGCGCGGGCGGAAGGGCCGUGUCCGUCUUGGCAGAGGAGGCUGACCGCUGAGCCAGGGCGUGUCUGCAGGAGGCUGCCCGGCUGUCCGGAUCCCCGCCUCACCGCCAUGGGCCGCCCAGGCUGACCAGCCCGUUCCUGCUGGAGGCGCCUGGCGGCACCGGGGAGACCAUGUCCCGGCCCCCGGGCGGCCUGCUGGGGCUGCUCCGGGGCGCCCCGAGCCAGCGGGGCUGCACCCUGUUCCUCAUCAGCUUCAACUUCAUGUGCCUGGUCUCCGUCAUGAUCUACUGGCACAUCGUGGGGGAGCCCGGGGGCCCGGCGCCGCCCUCUAACCUGCCUGCCGACGUCCCCUGCCCCCGCCCGGAGCCCCCCGCGCAGCCCUCCGGCACCCCACCGCCGGGCAGCAUCUUCUUCCUGGAGACCUCGGACCGGACCAACCCCAACUUCCUGUUCAUGUGCUCGGUGGAGUCGGCCGCCCGGGCGCACCCCGAGUCGCAGGUGGCGGUGCUGAUGAAGGGGCUGCGCGGCCGCAACGCCUCGCUGCCGCGGCACCUGGGCCUCUCGCUGCUGCGCUGCUUCCCCAACGUGCGGGUGCAGCCGCUGGACCUGCACGAGCUGUUCCGGGCCACGCCGCUGGCCGCCUGGCACGCCGCCACGCAGGGGCGCUGGCAGCCCUACCCGCUGCCCGUGCUGUCCGACGCCGCCCGGCUGGCGCUCAUGUGGAAGUUCGGCGGCAUCUACCUGGACACGGACUUCAUCGUCCUCAAGAACCUGCGGAACCUGACCAACGCGCUGGGCGCCCAGGACCGCUACGUGCUCAACGGCGCCUUCCUGGCCUUCGAGCGCCACCACGAGUUCGUGGCGCUGUGCAUGCGGGACUUCGUGGCCCACUACAACGGCUGGGUCUGGGGCCACCAGGGCCCGCAGCUCCUCACGCGGGUCUUCAAGAAGUGGUGCUCCAUCCGCAGCCUGGGCGAGAGCCACGCCUGCCGCGGCGUGCGCGCCCUGCCCUGCGAGGCCUUCUACCCCAUCCCCUGGCAGGACUGGAAGAAGUACUUCGAGGAGAUCAGCCCCGAGGAGCUGCCCCGGCUGCUCAACGCCACCUACGCCGUCCACGUGUGGAACAAGAAGAGCCAGGGCACGCGCCUCGAGGCCACGUCCCGGGCGCUGCUGGCCCAGCUGCACGCCCGCUACUGCCCCACGACGCACGAGGCCAUGAAGAUGUACUUGUGAGGGGCCUGCCAGGCCGCCUCCCCACGCCCCGCAUCCGGCUGGAGCAGGGCCCCCAGCCUCCCUUC